ACUUCUAUGCCAGCAGCAUGGGAAAGUUGGCGGUUGUGUUGGUCUUCGCUGUGGCUGCCGCAGCCCUGAUCGGACAACGUCUUAUUGCGCUAAGUCAUCUGUCGCUUGCAUUUAGAGAACUCACCCAAAAUCACCUUCCUAAUUGUCAUCUGAUAAAGGGAAUAGUGACUGGAGCUGAAGACAUCACCGUACUGGAAGAUGGACUGGCCUUCAUAAGCUCUGGUCUGAAAUAUCCAGGAUUGCCUCCCUAUUCCGAUGUCCCUGGGAAAAUAUACACUCUAGACCUGCUUUCAGGAGUUGGUCCUGUAGACUUGCACAUCAGGGGAGAUUUUGACACCGAGUCUUUCAACCCACAUGGAAUCAGCAUAUAUAUAGAUGAUAAAGAUGGCACCAUAUAUUUAUUUGUUGUGAAUCAUCCCCAAAACAACAGCCUUGUCGAGAUCUUUAAAGUUCUUGAGGAUGAAAACACUCUUGAGCAUGUGAAGACCAUCAAACAUGCCCUGCUCCAUAACGUGAAUGACAUCGUGGCUGUGGGAGUAGAGAGCUUUUACGCCACCAAUGAUCACUACUUCACCAACAACAUGCUGAAGACUCUGGAGUUCCUCUUCCCUCUGCACUGGUGUGACGUAGUGUUCUAUAGCCCUGGGGCAGUUAAAUCUGUGGCAGGGGGCUUUGCUUCUGCCAACGGCAUCAAUAUCUCUCCAGACAAAAGAUAUCUGUAUGUUUCAGAUGUCACGGAUCACAAAAUCGUUGUGCUGGAGAUCCAAAAAGAUGGCGUGCUAUCCCGUGUAAAGGAAGUUGCGGUGGGAUCCCUCUGUGACAACAUAGAAGUGGAGAGUGAGACUGGUGAUUUGUGGAUGGGUUGCCAUCCAAAUGGAGCCAAAUUACUUCGCAGUGAUCCAAGUGAUCCACCUGGCUCAGAGGUAAUUCGUCUUCAGAAUAUUCACUCUGAAGAGCCAGUGGUAACCCAGGUAUACAUGGACGAUGGCAGAGUGAUUAUAGGAUCCUCAGUGGCUGCACCCUACAGAGGAACACUUCUCAUAGGAACAGUUUACCACAAAGCCCUGCAGUGUGACCUUAAGUGACACCAGUCCUGGAACCUGGCGCUGGUCACCUGACACUGCAGUGCCUCUCGGUUAUGUCUGCAGCUGUACGUCUAUUAACACAACACUCUGUGUAGUAAACAACUGUGAUUUUC